UAAAAAAUCUUAUUGGUUGACAGAAAAAUGACAGAGCAUGUCAAUUUGUUAUGUGCAAACCAUAUUUUAAAACGUUGUAACAUAAAAUACACGCUAAAACCAAAAUGUCAGUAACCAAAAAAAUACAUUUGUAAUCAAACUUUUCCAGUGUAUUUAACUACACGGUACACGUUUUGCGAAACGGUUUUUAUUCAAUUUUAACAGCAGCGACACAAGCUACCAAUUGCCGCCCAGUUCCCUUUCAGUUACCAGGUGGAUUAUGUUAAUAUGCAACGCGCCCAUGUCUGCAGCUACCAUUCCGAGCCUGUCCCAUCAGCGUAACCCCUGGAGACCCAUGACCUGCGAGCACCGCGUGAUCAGCUGAAGGCGGGAGAGCUCUGCGCGAAGGACCCGUGGAGGAGUCGUCAUGGAGACCAAGCAGGAAGUGGCCCCCGUGUGGAGCCAGCCCCCUGACAACGAGGCCAGCGGUGCCACUCAGGUGCACUUUGAGGGGGGCACGGUGGCUCAGAUUGUGUACAGCGGGGAGCAGCAGGAGCGGGGGCCCCAGCAGGUGGUCUACGCCGCCGACGGCAGCUCCUACGCGUCGGUGGAGUCGGCGGAGCACACGCUGGUCUACAUCCACCCGGCCGACGGAGCACAGUUCACAGACCAGCCCCAGCUGGCUUACAUACAGCAGGAUGGCACCACGCAGCAGGUGACCGUGCUGCUGCCCAGCGGCCAAAACAUGAACGCUGCCAAUCUGCAUGUGCUCAGUAACGUGGCGGAAGCCCCCCAGGCCUUGCUGGAACCUGUGUCCCAGGUGCCUCCUUCCGUGUCCGGGUCCUCCUUGCCCACCAUGGCCGGGUCCUCCGUCGGCCACCUGGGGCCCCUGGGGGCCGGCGACUCGGCCCUGGACUCUGAGGAGGACGACGAGGACGACGAGGCGGACGACUCGGAGCUGGACGACUGGGACCUGGGAACCCCGAGACCCUUCAACCCUCAGGACCUGUGGUGUGAGGAGUGUAACAACGCGCACCCCUCGGUGUGUCUGAAGCACGGGCCCCUGCACCCCAUCCCCAAUCGGCCGGUGCUGUCCAAGGCGCGGGCCAGCCUGCCGCUGGUGCUGUACCUGGACCGCUUCGCGUCCGGGGUCUACUCCAAGCGCCGCAUCCCCAAGCGCACGCAGUUCGGCCCCGUGGAGGGGCCCCUGGUGCGCCAGGGCGAGCUGCGGGACGACUACAUCCACCUGAAGGUGUGCAUGCUGGAUACGCCCAAAGACGUGGAGCAGAGGGACGACACGUGGGUGGAGCUUUCGGACGAGGAGCGCUGCAAUUGGAUGAUGUUCGUCCGGCCCGCCCAGAAUCACCUGGAGCAGAACCUGGUGGCCUAUCAGUACGGAGCGGACAUCUACUACACCACCAUCAAGAACAUCCAGCCCAAGCAGGAGCUCAGGGUCUGGUACGCUGCCUCAUAUGCAGAGUUCGUCAACCAGAAGAUUCAUGACAUCACGGACGAGGAGAGGAAAGUCAUGCGGGAGCAGGAGAAGAACUGGCCGUGCUACGAGUGCAACCGGCGCUUCAUGAGCUCCGAGCAGCUGCAGCAGCACCUCAACAUGCACGACGACAAGCUCGACUUCGUCACCAGGGGGAAGGGGCGGGGCCGGGGGCGGGGCAGGCGGCGCUUCGGCACGGGCAGGAGGCCGGGGCGCCCGCCCAAAUUGCUGCGCCCCGAAAUCUCCGUGGAGAUCAGCGAGGACCGCACACAGGACAUGCUGGGAUUUUCGGCGAAGGGCCCGUACGCGGAGGGGCCGGACGGGGCCCUGAACGGGCUGAGGGACAUGGACCUGGGGUCCCAGGGCGGGGUCCCCGGCACCCCCACGGCCAGCCGGGACGAGCACGGGGAGCUGCCCCCCAGCAGCGAGCUGGCCCCCCUCACCGACUCCCCGGAGCCCCCCCAGUCCAUCGCCGACCCCCCCGAGUCCCCGAAGGAGGACGCGGCCCACGGGAACACGCCCGACCCCCACCUCACCCCCGAGGACAUGAGGCGCGCCCGCCGGAUACGGAUGGAUCUGCAGAACGCGGCGCUGCAGCACCUCUUCAUCAGGAAGUCCUUCCGGCCCUUCAAGUGCUCGCAGUGCGGCAAGGCCUUCCGCGACAAGGACAAGCUGGACCAGCACCUGCGCUACCACGGCCGCACCAGCGCCUGCCCGCUCACCUGCCACGUCUGCGACAAGGGCUUCCUCAACAGCGCCGCCCUGGAGGCGCACAUGCGCCUGCACGCCGACCAGAAGACCUACUCCUGCCUCUUCUGCGCCGAGUCCUUCGACCGCCUGGACCUGCUCAAGGAGCACGUGGCCGUGCACCUGGUGGACGGGCGCUUCAGCUGCCCCUCCUGCAAGAAGCGCUUCGCCGACUUCAUCCAGGUGAAGAAGCACGUGCGCAGCUUCCACUCGGAGAAGACCUUCCAGUGCACGGAGUGCGACAAGGCCUUCUGCAGGCCCGACAAGCUGCGUCUGCACAUGCUCCGCCACUCGGACCGCAAGGACUUCCUCUGCUCCACCUGCGGCAAGCAGUUCAAGCGGAAGGACAAGCUGCGGGAGCACAUGCAGCGCAUGCACAACCCCGAGCGCGAGGCCAGGAAGGCCGACCGCGUGCACCGCUCCAAGACGCUCAAGCAGAAGGUCCCCACCACCGACAUCGAGAGCUUCAUGUUCAAGUGCCGGCUGUGCAUGAUGGGAUUCCGCCGGCGAGGGAUGCUGGUGAACCACCUCUCCAAGCGACACCCGGAGAUGAGGAUCGAGGAGGUUCCUGAGCUCACCCUCCCCAUCAUCAAGCCCAACAGAGACUACUUCUGCCAGUACUGUGACAAGGUGUAUAAGAGCGCCAGUAAGAGGAAGGCUCACAUCCUGAAGAACCACCCGGGGGCGGAGCUGCCCCCCAGCAUCCGUAAGCUCCGCCCCGCGGGCCCCGGGGAGCCCGACCCCAUGCUCAGCACCCACACCCAGCUGACGGGCACCAUCGCCACGGCGCCCGUCUGCUGCCCGCACUGCGCCAAGCAGUACAGCAGCAAGACUAAGAUGGUGCAGCACAUCCGGAAGAAGCACCCGGAGUUUGCCCAGGUGGCCAACAGCAUCCAGGCCCCGCUGGCCACCGCCGUCAUCAGCAGCGCCCCGGCCGUCAUCACCGCCGACGGCACCGCCGCGGAGGCAGUGGUGACCACAGACCUGCUGACCCAGGCCAUGACGGAGCUGUCCCAGACGCUGACCACCGACUACCGCGGCGCCCAGGGGGACUACCAGCGCAUCCAGUACAUCCCCGUCUCGCAGGCAGGGGGCGCUCUGGGGCAGCCGCAGCACAUCCAGCUCCAGGUCGUCCAGGUGGCGCCUGCGCCCUCUCCCCAGAGCUCCCAGCAUUCCACGGUGGACGUGAGCCAGCUGCACGACCCCGGCAGCUACGGCCAGCACUCCAUCCAGGUGCAGCACAUCCAGGUGACGGAGGCCGCCGGGCAGGGCACCGCCCAGGUCACAGGUCAGGCUCUGAGCCCCUCCUCCCAGCAGGUGUCCCAGGAGCUUAGCCCCACCCAGCUGGUCCCGGUGACCCUCGCCCAGGGCAACGCCCUGCAGACCACCUCCUCCCAGCAGGGGGCGGUGCAGCACACGUACCUGCCGGGGAACUGGAACUACAGGAGCUACCCCUCGGAGAUCCAGAUGAUGACUCUGCCCCACGCCCAGUAUGUGAUCACAGAGGCAGGAGCCCCGGUGACCGGUGUCAACAGCAGCCAGGUGAAAACGACGCACUACGUGAUCUCCGAGGGACAGGCGGAGCUGGACCCCAAAGUGGGCCAGGCCCCGUCCCAGGUGCACCCGGACCAGCUGGAGCAGCAGGCCUCCGACCCGCAGGCCCCCACCCAGUACAUCAUCACCACCACCACCAACGGCAAUGGAUCCAGCGAGGUCCAGAUCACCAAACCGUGACCCGGCACCCGGUGAACCUCCCCUGGGCCCGUCGGGCGACCCGGUCUAGACUGCGCACGCACAAACGUUCUUCCCCUUGGGCGGUGAUGAUGGAGAUGGAGGAGGAGGAGGUGGAGGUGGAGGCCAGCCAGACAUUUGGCUGAAAGCUGCAUCACAGCUAAUGGCCAAUACUGGUGUGACUCACCAGUAACAGUGGAAGAAAAGUGGAUUUCGCACAAAAUUACAGGACUGAUAUAUUUUUCCCUUUUUUUCCCCAGAGGCAACUGAGUUCGUAACAGUCUCACAAUACUGUGAACGGGUGUGUUUAUUUUUUUUUUAGAACACUGGAACGUCCACGUCGGUUGCGCUCUCCCUCCAGAAUGACUGAAAACGGACACAGACGGAAGUUGCUCUCGCGGGCGAAUCCCUCCUCCCUAAAAACACACCCUCCUCUGUGCUUAAAUAAUACUUAAAAUGGUCUCUUGCAGACUUAUCUCCAGCAUACUGUAUUUCUGAAGCACCAUUGUCGUGAAAAAACUAUUUCACAUUUGUACAUUUGAGCUUUUUACAAAACGAAUAAUUAUUGUUUAUGAGCUGUUUUAAUUUGAUUUUUUAAAAUUGAUUUAUUAUUUAACAUAGUCCAAGCGAUGAAAGAAUGAACCUGCGCACAGUGUUCGUAUUGUUGCGUUUAAAAAAAUAAACAUACUGUCAGAGCUUACCCAGCUAGCAAUCUGUUCUCACAGCGAUGCUAGAAUGUAUCGUCAAUGUUAUAACAUUGCUGCUACAUCGCAGCGAUAUUGUGAGAACGUUUUGUGUUAGCCUGCUACUCAGUCAACUCCUAAAUCAAGAGAAGAGGUACGAUCUGUGAGCGAGUGAAUAAAGCACAAGGUUGCCUGUUUUGGGAUGUAGAUUGAUAUUUGAAGAGUUACGCAGAACAGGGUUUUAUACAUUCCCUCAACACUCUCAUAGUGCCAAAUGAUAUAACAACUGGUGACGGCCUAGUGCUUUUUUUUUUUUUUUUUUUAGAAAGUGUUUGGAACCCAGCGUUUGGACUGAAAACCUGCAAAUCUUGCUUAAGAAAGCUUAGGAUGAUACGCCUUCGAACAUCGAUGUCUGAUUGUUGCGAUUUUCCAAAAAUACACUUUACCCGUUUUGCUUUUACUGCACACACAAAACUGUUGGCACAUUUCACUGAGCCCUGCUAAGUGUGUGAUGUGCUGUAACACGUGUGACCUUGAGCGCCACCUGUUCAGCGUCUCCAGAGGGAAGAGGUUAUUUGUACAAUUUCUGCGAUGGUGACGGAGCAAAAUGAGCUUGUAUAAAUAAGAAACUACAUUAUAAUAAAUGUCUCCUUUCUGUACAGUGGUAUACAGGUGCAGUCGUCCCAUUGUUGUAUGUGACAUUGAGAAAUUGAACAAAUAAAUAAUUUUAUAUCCACUCAUA